AUGAAAUAUUUGACAAUAAAAAAAACUCUUAGACCUGGGGAAGAUGACGAUAAGCUUUUUAAACUACUAACGGGAGAAUUUUCCGACAAAGAAAUGUUAGAUGAUGAAAAGGAAGAAAUUGAUUUUGAAGAAAUAGCUCACGACAAAAUUGAUUUUAAAGAAAUAGCUCACGACUAUGUUGAUUUUGAAGAAAUAGGUCACGAAGAAAUAGAAAAGGAACAAUCUGACGAAGAAGCCUUAUAUCAAAGGGAAGAAAGUGAGUUUGAUGAAGAAGAUUUACUUCCGCUUAGUGUUGUUCGCGAUAAUUUACUUGUAGUUCAAGCUCAAAAUGAUCCUACUAAGGCGAAACGUACUGCCUGA